AUGCCCUUUCCUUACUUUGACAACAUCAGCACGGACUUCACCGGUGUAUGGACAAGCCCACGAAAGCGAAAGGCCCCACCGUCCGAGCAAGAGGGUUUAGAAUUGCCUCCAUCGAAGCGCAAGUCGAGCGCGGCAUCAUGUCCUCACUUCAUGACCAUUGUCCGAGCUACCAGGCAACUGUCCGCAGAGAAGGUGCAGUGUUCAAUCUGUCUCGAAGACUACCUCAGCACCCCCGACGGCCGCGACAAGGUGAUACCAGUCAAGAUUGGGUGUUCUCAUAUCUUCUGCCGAGAAUGUAUUGAGACGCACCUCUCCUCGACAUGGGCGAGAGAGAAUGCGGCUGCUGGAUCACUUGUAGUGACAGUACGUGCUAGAGAGAUGCUCGGUAGUAUCAAGGAUGCUCUUCGACAACUCGCUCAAGACGACGAAGCCUAUACGCUACCAAAGCAAGCAGAGAAGCGACUCCUCGCUCACGUUCGCACCACCCUGAAGCGAUACGAAUGGCAGUUUCAUACGGGUAUCGACCUUGCUGAGCUGCUGGAUCCUUUCUUGCUCGCCAUCAACAUCGCAGAUGCGCGCAAGCACUACGGCUCAGAGCUCAGCGCACCCAAACUCGAGCAUACCCAAUUCCCACCCCGCGAACACGAUCCUGACGAUUACCCACCCGACGAAGAACCCUGGAUUGCGGCCUUCUUCAGGCAAUGGGCGUUGGACUACGAGAAGGAGAAUGGAGAAAUGAAGGAGGGCUGGGGCGUGUGGUCGAUGAAAGCAGAUGAUGAGGCAAGUUGGGAAUGGCCAUACAAGCGGAUACAAGCACACAAGACUGGCAGUGAUGGUCGUAUUGAAUACCUUGUCAAAUGGGUAGGGCAGCGUCACUUGGCGUCUUGGGUCAAGAGGGAGCAGCUGGUUGCUGAGGCUCGCGACAUCUACGACAAGGCAUAUGGGGUAUCUCAUCGCUUAGAGGUGAUUGAGGGGCGUGAUUGA